AUGUCUGCCAUCACCAUGGGCUACGACACGUCUGUUAUCGGGGGCACGAUGGUUCUAGACUCGUUCCGCCGCGACUUUGGUCUCCUCUCAGCGUCGGGCACGUAUCGCGACACUCUGCAAGGCAACAUCGUGUCCACGUUCCAAGCCGGGUGCUUCUUCGGCUCGCUGCUGACCUUCCCACUCGCCGAGAAAAUUGGUCGAAGAAAUGCCAUCUUUGUCGCCGCGACCGUCUUCAUCGCCGGCGGUGUGCUCAUGACAGCGGCACACGGCCUGCUCGCCAUGCUCAUUGUCGGACGUGCCGUUGCCGGUCUUGGCAUCGGGGCAUCGUCGCUGAUUGCGCCCGUAUAUAUUGCGGAGACGGCGCCUCCAUCAAUCCGUGGCAGGCUGAUUGGCGUCUUCGAGAUUGCGUCUCAGGGAGGUGGCAUGCUGGGAUUCUGGAUCAACUACGCCUGUGACCGAACCAUCUCCUCGUCCAAGGCCGCCCAGUGGAUCGUUCCCCUUGGCAUGCAGCUCGUCCCCGGUGCCCUCCUUUGCCUGGGCAUGCUGAAAUGCCCCGAAUCGCCGCGAUGGCUGGCGAGCCACGACCGUUGGGAAGAGGCAGAGAAAGUGCUCGUCAACCUCCGCGCCCUGCCCGCCGACCACCAAUACAUCCGAGACGAGCUCUCCGAGAUCCGCCAGCAGGUCGAGGAGCGCACGGCGAACCGCAUGACAUUCCGCGAGAUGUUCAAGCGCCCCUUCCAAAAGGGGGUGCGCAACCGCAUAUCCAUCGGCAUGUUGCUCAUGGCAUGCCAGAACCUCACCGGCGUCAACAUUAUCACCUACUAUUCACCUCGCAUCUUCGAGACACUUGGCCUCACGGGGACCACCACCAAGCUCUUCGCUACAGGCUUCUACGGCAUCGCCAAGACGCUUGGCAUGUUUGUAUUCUCAGUGUGGCUCGUGGAAAAGGUCGGCCGCAGAAACGGCCUCAUCUGGGGGGCCUUUAUCGGCUCCGUCCCCAUGUGGUACAUUGGCGGAUACGUCAUGAUGGCCGACCCUGCCGCGGCAGCAGUCCAAGGGGACAUCAACAGGGACGGAUGGGGUUACCUAGCCAUGGUGUGCGUGUAUCUCUAUGGCCUCAUCUACUGCGCAACGUGGCAGGGCAUCACCUGGGUGUACUGUUCUGAAAUCUUUCCCAUCGACGUCAGGAUGCUCUGCACAGCCAUUACGACGGCCGACCAGUGGUUCUGGAGCUUCCUCAUCUCCCGCACCACGCCAUACAUGAUCACCUCGCUGGGUUACGGACACCAAGGGCCUUACCCUCGAAGACAUGGACCGCCUUUUCAUGCAGAGCACCUGGCAGCGGCUCCAGUCAUCAACAGAAAGAAGGAGGCGUAUCUCGAACAGGUUGGGUCGACUGACCAGCACCGGUCCUAUACCUGA